GGGAAAUACCGCCUGAUGUUGGAAAUGAAUUCGCCGUCCCCAUCGAACCGUCUUGCUUGAACUUCGUUGAUCAAGAAUCAACUAGUGCCGCCGUGACCAUGCCAAUUUCUGAGACGUGCCUCAGAAAGUCAACUAUCACAUCCCUGGAGGAUAAGGAUGGCCAGCCAAUUGUACACUAAACCUCUCCAAUCAAUGGAAUUACCGCGACAGACUUUGUAGCGUCUCAACCUCAACGGACAGAUAGCAGCCAAACAACGGCGUUCAAAAGGAAGAACAAGUUACAACAGAGGCAUUGCACUGCAGUAGGGACAAUGUCAAAAUCUUUAUCAGUCAUAGUCCCUCGUCGAAAUUUCCGGUCUAGCAACACGCCUCGCACCCGACUGCGCUCACGUCGUUCUCCCUCAACCGAGAGCACAGCAAGCGAUGACUCAAACGGUAGUGACUAUCAGGAGUCUGAGCAUGCAGUAGACCAGAUAACAAACGACGUGCAAAAAGCUUGUCCAGCAAAAAGACGGAAGCGGGCUGCCACUGGCACAGAGUCUUUCUCCCCACGUCAGGAAAUGCCGCAGGGACGAGCUAAUUCAAUAGCAUCAUUACCGAGUCAGUCAAGUCCUGAAUCUAUGCCGCAGAAAUUGUCUGGUUUGAAGAAAAUCCGUAUUGAUGGCUGUCUUCUCCGUAAAGUGUCUUUGGGUCGAGUUGAGUAUUGUUGCUGGUUCACAGAGGAUCACGGCACGACUGCUUGCAGUCCUUCCGUAUCCGAUUGUUUAGCAUCAUUUCAAAAGCAGACCAAUAAGCAGGAUCAGUUGACCAACAUGGCGGACCUCCAGGUUAUCAAUAUUAAAGGCUUCUUUACCCGGGAACUCAACCUUUAUGGCGAUAUAUGGUGCUGUUCGUUUAAAGAGAGACAUGUAGUGCCACAGAGUGAAAAGUCAUUUCACCAAGUACAACCAUCCUUAGAUGAAGACGGCUUCAUGGAAGAGAAGGAAUAUUUCCACAUGACCAUCUCGGCGAAAGGCAAUGAGUACAGCCGUGAAGAAGACGAAUUGAUAGUCCGACUCAAAGAGGUCGAGAAGCUUCCAUGGUCGCGUAUUGCGGAACGUUUUCCAGGAAGAACAAAAGGCACUCUUCAAAGAAAUCCCAACAACGGGUCCAGAGCCUAUCCUCCGGCCGCAGAUAUAGCUUACAGCAAUCACGACAGUUACCUGACCGUUACAUUGCGUAGUAGAGUUCCCAGGUAA